AUGGAUGAAAAUAUUUGUAAAAAAGAAGAAAAUUUGUCUCAUUCAGGUGAUAAUAUGAAAUAUCAUGAUACUAUUAAAGAAAAGAUAAAUCACCAUAAGGAAAAUGAAAAAAAUGAUUUUAAAAAUUAUUGCCCUUUUAUAAUUCCUGAAAAUCGUAACAUAAGUGCAAUAGAUGAUAUUCUGAAUUCAAAAGAAAACAUAAUUGAAUUUAAAAAUUUAAUUUUUCGUAAUCUUGAAAUAGAUAAAUUAGAUUAUGAUAUGUGCAAAAUUGAAUAUAAAAAAAGCCUAUUGAAUAAUGAAGAGUAUAAAAAUAAGAAAUGGUAUUUAAAUUUUCAACCAUUAAAUAACAUUUCAAUUGAACAAUAUUGGAAAUAUGAAAAAGUUACUUUAAAAGAUAUUUUCAGCUCAAAUAUUAAUUUAACUAAUAAUAUAGAAUUAAAAAAAAAUAAAAAAUACCUUAAACAUAUUGCUAAAUGUAUUUUAAAGGGGAAACCUCAUGAAUCAUUAAUAAAAAACUACUAUAAAUUUUCUGCAAAUUAUUUAAAUAAUUCCGAUAAACAUUCUAAAAAUUCUUUUAAUAAUAUAAACUCUUCCUUUUUAAGUUUAAAUUCUAGAACAAUAAAAAAUUCUCAAAAUUUAUUAAACUGGAAAUUAAAAUAUUCAAAGAAUUUAUCAAAUUUUCAAAACGUAAAAUCAAAAGAAAAUGAAAAUUCUUCUUCAAUUAAUUCUAUUAAUUUGGAAAAUAAAAAAAGCAACUUUCAUUUUAAUCAAGGCAAUAGUGAUAUCCUUUCAAAUAAUUAUAAAAAAGAUUUAAAAGAUUAUAAAAAAAAAAGUAAAAAAAAGAAUUUAUAG